CUUCUCUCCAUUAACACAGAACAACUCACACAAUGUCCUUCAGUCAAACCUGCAUCAUCAGCAUCAUGCUGCUCACAGCUGGGGUUUUCUUUCUCUGUUCAGCAGUCCCUCUGUCCACUGAAGCCUUAGAGAUGAACAACAGCACAGAUCACAAGAACGGAUCCACCUUCCUGUACUUUGCUUACGGCAGUAACCUGCUGAAAGAGCGACUGCAGCUAAAGAAUCCAUCAGCAAUUGUUUACUGUGUGGCCAGACUCAAGGACUAUAAACUGGCAUUUGGGAACCACAAAGGGCUUAAGAGUCUGCGCUGGCAUGGAGGUGUUGCAACCAUUGAGUACAGUCCAGGUGAUGAAGUGUGGGGGGUCGUGUGGAGGAUGAAUAUAUCUGACCUCGAGUCUUUGGACAGUCAGGAAAAUGUUAAGAUGGGCACGUAUAGCCCAAUGGAGGUGUCCGUCUCUGCCAGUGGCCAGGAUCUCAACUGUCGGACGUAUAUGAUGAACAGCUGCGUGUACGGACCACCUUCACCACAGUAUCUACAGGUUAUUGUGAUGGGUGCAGAACAGAACGGGCUUCCAGAGGAGUACCAGGAGAAACUCAGAUCAAUUGAAACCAACAAGUACGAGGGCUCUCUGUCGGUGAUGAAGGAACUGAAGAAAGCUUUGAAAAAAUCCAAAAAAAGGACAGAGGAGAUUCUAUCUGAUGAUUAGCAUUGGAUAGACAUGCUCGCAUAGAGUCUAUGUGUAUCCACAUCACCAUCUGUAUUCUACAGAGUAAAGAAUCAGUAAAUUUCUCAAA